UUGACGCGCGUCACCUCGCUGCGGGGCGGCGGACGCUCCACGCCUUUUACUCGCGUUCGCCUCUCGGUUCAUAGUUCGGCGGGACUGUGACAGCGCGGCUGGCCGGAAGGGAGCGCGCACGGGCGGCGUCCAGCACAGCAGCUUCUCCGCGCUUCACCCUCGCCUGAGAUUAAAGAGAGCGUCCUGUGGACGAGCUCUCCGCCCGCUGCAGGAUGGCCGAGCAGAGCCCAAGGUACCAGCAGUUGACCAAUGAAGAGGAGGCAGGAGAAGGCUCCCAGGUGACCGAUGCACCCCCUCCGUACAGCAGCGUCGCAGCUGAAAAUGCAGCUUAUUUUGAAUAUAAAGAAGACGGAGUGUUCCCCAAACCACCCUCCUACAACGUUGCUACGUCACUUCCGUCCUACGAUGAAGCUGAGAGGAGCAAGGUUGGGGCAACAGUUCCUCUUGUUGCUGCCAGAGAUGAAGAUUUUGUGGCCAGGGAUGACUUUGAUGAUGCUGACCAUCUGAGAAUAGGAAAUGAUGGAAUAUUCAUGUUGACUUUCUUCAUGGCAUUCCUCUUCAACUGGAUUGGAUUCUUCCUGUCCUUCUGCCUCACCACAUCAGCAGCUGGGCGCUAUGGUGCCAUAUCUGGAUUUGGCCUGUCACUCAUCAAGUGGAUCCUGAUUGUGCGAUUUUCCACCUACUUUCCUGGAUACUUUGAUGGCCAGUACUGGCUGUGGUGGGUCUUCUUGGUUCUGGGGAUCCUGCUGUUCCUCAGGGGCUUCAUUAAUUAUGCCAAGGUGCGAAAAAUGGCUGAUUCCAUUUCACCCUUUCCACGAACCAGAGUCCUCUUUAUCUACUGAAGAUAUUUGCAAUCAGUGAAUCUCACUGCAUUUGGAAUCAUGGAAGAAGGCAGAAACAACAGCCACAAACUACCAUCAAAAAAUGUGCAGGGAACUAGAGGAAGUUAAAGCGAAACCACUGAAGACCAGUUGGUUGGGGUGGAAUCACUGUUUGACAUAAUUCUUUUCAUCAAUAACAAAAUACUGUGUUUGUAGAUGUAACAUUUUACUAGGACAUGCUGAGACUUCUGUAAACAUGGGAUCAUUAGUGAUUAAUGUUAAGUGCUUGUUGCUAACAAAUCUGUGGUGUACAAAUAAUGCCUUAUAUGAUUUAUUUCUAUUUGUGGUUAAAGUUAGCAUGCAUCAUGCCUUGGGCAGCCACUGGGGGACAGUCUUAGCAUUUCCUCUCUCAGAACAUGCGUUUCAUUUGAAGACAGCAUUGGUCAGCUGAUUAAUAAAGAAGUCCCCCUUUUAUUGGAUAUCCUGGGGACAGUGAUUUCCAUAGUUCCCACCGCAACUAUUACCUUAAAGCAGCGUUUUGUUUUGUGUUAUGGAAAUGGCUACGCUUUGAAAGAACACUGUGAAAUAAUAAUUUUCUGAAACCUCUAUAAAAUUAAUUAUACAUUGUGAAGC